GCUACAGCUGAGAGCAGACCUCUGGCUCCUGACCCUGAGGAGUCUGCCUCACCCAGGAAGAUGUGGGCUCUGCUCCUUCUAGGAAUCGUGGUCCUCUUGUCAGCCACUGCAGAAGAUCUCCCAAACUACCUGGUGACGUUACCAGCCCAGCUUAACUUCCCCUCUACUCAGAAGGUCUGUUUGGAUCUGAGCCCUGGGUACCGUGAUGUGAAAUUCACUAUUACUCUGGAGACCAAGGACAAGACCCAGAAGUUGCUAGAACACUCUGGAUUGAAGAAGAGGCAUCUCCAUUGCCUCUCCUUUCUGGUACCACCUCCCGCUGGUGGCACAGAAGAGGUGGCCACAAUCCGGGUGUCGGGAGUUGGAAAUAACAUCAGUUUUGAGGAGAAGAAAAAGGUUCUAAUUCAGAGGCAGGGGACGGGUACCUUUGUACAGACUGACAAACCGGUCUACACCCCAGGGCAGCAAGUGCUUUUCCGCAUUGUCACCCUGGACAGCAACUUUGUUCCAGUGAAUGACAAGUACUCUAUGGUGGAACUACAGGAUCCAAAUAGCAACAGGAUUGCACAGUGGCUAGAAGUGGUGCCUGAGCACGGCAUCGUAGACCUGUCCUUCCAGCUGGCACCAGAGGCGACGCUGGGCACCUAUACAGUGGCAGUGGCUGACGGCAAGACCUUUGGCACUUUCAGUGUGGAGGAGUAUGUGCUGCCGAAGUUCAAGGUGGAAGUGGUGGACCCCAAGCAGCUAUCCGUGGUGGAGGAAUCUUUCCUAGUGAAAAUUUGUUGUAGGUACACCUAUGGAAAACCUGUGCUGGGGGCAGUGCAGGCAUCCGUGUGUCAGAAGGCGUAUCCGUACUGGCAUCGAGACAGAGCACGGGAACAGCUGCCUGACAAGUGCAGGAACCUCUCUGGACAGACUGACAAAACAGGAUGCUUCUCAGCAUCUGUGGACAUGGCCACCUUUAACCUCACUGGAUAUAUGUACAACCACAACAUCAAUAUUGUAGCUACUGUGGUGGAGGAAGGGACAGGAGUGGCGGCCAAUACCACUCAGGAUAUCUACAUUUCAUCACAGAUGGGAUCAAUGACUUUUGAAGACACCAAUAAUUUUUAUUACCCCAAUUUCCCCUUCAAUGGGAAGAUAAGAGUUAGAGGCCAUGAUGGCUCCCUUCUCAAGGACCGUCCAGUGUUUCUGGUGAUUUAUGGCACAAGUGGAACGAUCCAUCAGACCUUCGUUACUGACAAUGAUGGUCUUGCUUCCUUCAAGUUGGAUACAUCCAGUUGGAAUGGGACAGACGUUUCUCUGGAGGGCAAGUUCCAGAUGGAAGACUUCGUGUAUAACCCAGAACAAGUGCCUCAUUACUACCAAAAUGCCUUCCUGCACCUGCAGCCCUUCCAUAACCCAACCCACAGCUUUCUUGGCAUCCACCCGCUCCAUGGCCUCUUGAGAUGUGGCCAGCCCCAGGACGUGCUGGUGGAUUACUACAUUGAUCCAGAGGAUGCAAGUCCUGACCAGGAAGUCAUUGUCUCCUAUUAUUUAAUAGGGAAAGGGAAAUUGGAGAUGGAGGGACAGAAACGCCUGAAGUCUAAGAAGAAAGGACUGAAAGGCUCCUUCUCACUCUCCCUGACCUUCACUUCCAGACUAGCCCCUGAUCCUUCCCUGGUGAUCUACACCAUUUUCCCCAGUGGAGGUGUCAUAGCUGACAAAAUUCACUUCUCAGUCGAGAUGUGCUUUGACAAUCAGGUUUCCCUCGACUUCUCACCAUCCCAGGAGCUUCCAGGAGCAGACGUGGAGCUGCAGCUGCAGGCAGCUCCCGGGUCCCUGUGUGCAGUCCGGGCCGUGGAUGAGAGUGUCCUACUGCUUAGGCCAGAGAGAGAGCUGAGCAACAGCUCUGUCUAUGGGAUGUUUCCAUUCUGGUAUGGUCAGUACCCCUAUCAAGUGGCUGAAUACGAUGAGUGUCCAGCGUCCGGCCCGUGGGACUCCCCUCAGCCCCUCGUGGAUCCCGUGCCUGAAGGGCGUUCAAGCCAGCGUUCCAUGAUCUGGAGGCCCUGGUUCUCUGCAGGCGUGGACCUCUUCAGUUUCUUCCAGGGUAUGGGCCUGAAAAUACUAUCCAAUGCCAAAAUCAAGAAGCCAGUAGACUGCGGUCACCCAUCUCCCAAGUACAGCACCGCCAUGGGCGGAGGAGGGAGUCGUGUUCGUCCAGAGGCUCCUCAGUCGUCAUCUUCAUCGCUUCCAAUAGAAAAUUCUCAGGCCCGCCAGUACUUCCCAGAGACCUGGCUCUGGGAUCUGGUUCCUGUUGGUCACUCUGGGAAGGAGGUGGUCCCUGUCACGGUUCCUGAUGCCAUCACCGAGUGGAAGGCUAUAACUUUCUGCACCUCUCCAUCCAGAGGCUUUGGUCUCUCGCCCACUGCUGGACUAACUGCUUUCAAGCCGUUCUUUGUUGACCUGACUCUCCCGUACUCAGUAGUUCGUGGGGAAUCCUUUCGUCUGACUGCCACUAUCUUCAACUAUCUGAAGGACUGCAUCAGGGUUCAGACUAACCUAGCUAAGUCAGAUGAGUACCAGGUGGAGUCUCAGGCAGAGUCUCAGGCCUCCAGAUGUCUCUGUGCUGAGGAGGCAAAAACCUUCCACUGGAAUAUCACAGCUAUCAAACUGGGUCGUGUUAACUUUACUGUUAGUACUAAGAUUCUGGACAGCAAUGAACUCUGUGGGGGCCAGAAGGGGUUUGUUCCCCAAAAGGGCAGGAGUGACACACUCAUCAAACCUGUUCUUGUCAAGCCUGAGGGCGUCCUCGUGGAGAAGACACACAGCUCAUUGCUGUGCCCAAAAGGAAAGGUGGUGUCAGAAUUCGUUUCCCUGGACCUCCCUGCGGAUGUUGUUCCCGACUCAACCAAGGCCUACGUGACUGUCCUGGGCGACGUUAUGGGCACAGCCCUACAGAACCUAGACGGUCUGGUCCAGAUGCCCCGGGGCUGUGGAGAGCAGAACAUGGUCUUGUUCGCACCCAUCAUCUAUGUCUUACAGUACUUGGAGGAGGCAGGGCUGCUGACAGGGGACAUCCGGUCUCGAGCUGUGGGUUUCUUAGAGAUCGGGUACCAGAAGGAGCUGAUGUACAAACACAGCAACGGCUCCUACAGCGCCUUCGGGGAGCAGGAUGGAAAUGGAAACACAUGGCUGACAGCCUUUGUCACAAAAUGCUUUGGCCAAGCUCGAAAAUUCAUCUUCAUUGAUGACAAGAACAUCCAGGUCGCUCUCAAAUGGAUGGCAGGAAACCAGCUCCCCAGCGGCUGCUAUGCCAACGUGGGCAAGCUCAUGCACACAGCUAUGAAGGGGGGUGUUGAUGAUGAGGUCUCCUUGACUGCGUAUGUCACGGCUGCGUUGCUGGAGAUGGGAAAGACCAUAGAGGACCCGAUGGUGAAUCGGGGUCUGCAGUGUCUCAAGAAUUCUGUCACUUCCACCACCCACCUCUAUACACAGGCCCUACUGGCUUACACUUUCUCCCUGGCAGGGGAAGUGGACAUCAGAGACAUUCUCCUGAAAAAGUUAGAUGAACAGGCUAUCAUCUCAGGAGAAUCCACUCACUGGAGUCAGAAACCUUCUCAGUCAUCGAAUGCCAGCCCUUGGUCUGAGCCUGAGGCUCUCGACGUGGAACUUACAGCAUAUGUAUUGUUGGCCCAGCUUAUCAAGCCCCUCCUGACUCAAAAGGAGAUAGCCCAGGCCACUAGCAUAGUGGCUUGGUUGGCCAAGCAACGCAAUGCAUACGGGGGCUUCUCUUCUACUCAGGAUACUGUGGUUGCUCUCCAAGCUCUUGCCAAAUACGCCAGUACUGCCUACGCGCCAUCUGAGGAGGUCAACCUAGUGGUAAAAUCCACUGAGGGUUUCCAGCAUACUUUCAACGUCCAGACUGCCAACAGACUGGUGUUUCAGCAGGAGGCUCUGCCCGAUAUCCCUGGAGUGUACACCUUGGAGGCCUCAGGCCAGGGCUGUGUCUACGCACAGACCGUGCUGAGAUAUAACAUUCUCCCUCUGAAAAAUAUGGAGACGUUUAGUCUGCGUGUGGAGAUGGACAAAGCUAGUUGUGAGCAAUCUACCUCUCGAUCCUUGACGCUCACUGUCCACACCAGUUACGUGGGGAGCCGCAGCUCUUCAAAUAUGGCUAUCGUGGAAGUGAAGAUGUUGUCUGGGUUCAGUCCCGCGGAGAGCACCAGUCAGUUACUUCUCCAGCAGCCACUGGUGAAGAAGGUUGAAUUGGGAACAGACACACUGAACAUUUACUUGGAUGAGCUCAGCGAGAAGACUCAGACCUACACCUUCACCAUCAGCCAAAGCGUGCUGGUCACCAACCUGAAACCAGCAGCCAUCAAAGUCUAUGACUACUACCUGUUAGACGAACAGGCAACAAUUCAAUAUUCUGAUCCCUGUGAAUGAGGAAAGAAGCUGGAAAGAGACUAAAUAAUCCUCUGUGACAUUACUGGAGGGUAGAACUUUCUUCUGUCUCUUGAAGCAGAACUCAUUCAACCAAAUAAUUUAAUUUCUCUGACUAAUAGAUGGGUAACAGAAGAGCAUGCCUAACCUCAGCUACUUUCUACUACCUCAUGUGAGACGG